UACCUUCAACUUGGAUACUGUCAACAUUCAAACGCUGAUAAAUUUCCCCGAUUAGGUAAUCCAGGUAAAUUUUAGCUGUAUCAACCUCAUAUAAAUUUCAGAGCCUCAACGACCAUAAAACGAUACAAGACAGCUACAUUUACAAAACAUAUUCAUCAUGGGGUGGCUAUCUCUAGCUGUGUUGCUCUUGGGCACUAUUACUUGCCUGCCAGAUGCAUCUUUUGCUUUGGAUAGAGUCAGAGAACAAGUUUCAGCCGACAGGAUUUCAUCCCUACGCCCCAAACGAAUGGUGGGGGGAUCCCUGACCGCAUCUGUCCCCUGGCAGGCAAUGGUGUACAUCAGUGAAAAUAUACUAGAUGGAGGAUUUGCUGGAGGAGCUUUGAUAGCUGAACAGUGGGUACUGACGGCUGGCCGUAAUUUAUUUGUACGAAAGAGUCCAAGCCAUACAAGAGGAAAAGAACCACUGAUUCCUAAAGUCUAUCUUGGAAUCAGCAAACGUACUCAUGCAAACGCCUCUACAGAAGUAGCCGUAGAGAAGGUGUUUUUGCAUCCAGGCUUUCAGAGCACAUCGGAAUGGGACAAUGACCUUGCUCUGAUCAAACUGAAGGAGCCAGUCAAAUUUAGUGAGUCUGUAAUGCCCAUCCCCCUUCCUGAGAUUGGAGAUAAUGAGGAAGAGAAGGAAGGAGAGGAAGGCAUCAUCGCCGGGUGGGGUUGGGGGAGUCUUCUUACCCCUGCUCCAAUACUCAAGUUUGUCUCUCUGCCAGUCCAGUCAUGUAAGGGCCCCUACCAGGCAAAGGUUCUUGAAAGUACACCAAACGUGGGUGACAAACAGUUCUGCACGGGUCCCAAUAAUUACCAGGAAAACGUGUGCUUUGGUGAUGCAGGUGGUGCUAUUGCAUUCCUGAACAUCAAAACCAAUACAGUGUAUGCCGCGGGCAUCCUCUCCUUUGACAAGGCUUGUUCUGUCGAAAAGCAUGCUGUAUAUACAAAGAUUUCUGCCUACCUGCCUUGGAUUCAUAGCGUCAUGACAGGGGAUUCACAAGAAUUUGCGGCACAACGUGCUUCACUCUUAAUUCGCAUGUAUUUACAACAGCAGCAGUAAAGUAAUCUUUAUGCAUUAACAACUGCUUAAUAAAUAUGAGUUUAUUUCA